CCACGAUCUUUCUUUGUGAUUUUCCCGAACAUCCAUCUUUAUCCUUGCUUCUCAGCUCUAUUAAUCCCCACCCAAUCCCGAUAUCAUUUAUCCCCUGCCUGUCCUUGCUGGACCCUUCACUUGUCAGCUCCACCGCUUGUCGCUCGUCGCAUUUUCACUAUCAUCAUGCAUCGCACUUAUUCUAUGCGCCAAACCCGGGCGCCUACUGCCUCUCAGCUUCAGAACCCCCCACCACCUCCCUCAUCCACAAAGUCCGGUCGCCUGUUCAAGGGCAGCUUCGGUCAUGCCCUUCGUCGCAAUGCAGGCGGCGCCUUUGGCCCCGACCUCGCCAAGAAGCUCUCCACCCUAGUCAAGAUGGAGAAGAACGUGAUGCGAAGCUUGGAGACCGUUGCCCGUGAGCGAAUGGAAGUUGCUCAACAAUUGUCUAUUUGGGGUGAGGCUGGAGAUGAGGACGUUUCCGACGUUACCGACAAGCUCGGCGUUUUGGUGUACGAGAUCGGUGAGCUCGAGGACCAAUACGUCGAUCGAUACGACCAAUACCGAGUUACUAUGAAGAGCAUCCGUAAUAUUGAAGCCUCGGUUCAGCCCAGCCGUGACCGCAAACAGAAGAUCACUGAUCAGAUUGCUCAGCUCAAGUACAAGGAGCCUCAAUCUCCCAAGAUUGUUGUUCUCGAGCAGGAGCUCGUUCGAGCUGAGGCCGAGUCUCUCGUUGCAGAGGCCCAGCUUUCCAACAUUACACGCGAGAAGGUCAAGGCAGCCUACACUUACCAGUUCGAUGCUCUCCGCGAGCACUGCGAGAAGGUCGCCAUUAUCGCUGGCUACGGAAAGCACCUGCUCGAGCUUAUCGACGACACUCCCGUUACACCUGGUGAAACCCGACAGGCCUACGAUGGCUAUGAGGCUAGCAAGGCCAUUAUCCAAGACUGUGAGGAUGCUCUCACCAGCUGGGUCUCUUCCAAUGCCGUCGUUUCUUCCAAGCUGUCCACCCGUGCCCGCACAUUGUCUCAGCGACGCCGAAACAACAUCCGCACUAGGGGUGAGGGACACGACCUCUCUGGCCAAGACAUGCCUCUGAACGACGGUAGCUCCUGGACAGCUCGCGACCGCGACCUCGAUAGCGAAGAGGAAGAGGAAGACGAGGAUGCUCGCGGCUCCAUCCUGGACAGCGACGGCGGUCUGAACGGCGAGUCCCGCGGACGCCCACAGGAAGCUGUUGUCGCAUAGAACGUGCGCAUGAUCGAUGUGGCCAAAGUGAAUAUUGAAGAUGAAGUAAUUACAGAAACGCGAUCUUGGUGGCACAAGGCGUUGACGGUAACUUAAUGCUGGAGGUUGCAAAAGAGCUGUUCUGGUUGGGUACAAUAACUUUCUUUUGCGAUAGCCUUAGUGUACUUUUAACGAUUAAUAUUAUGUUUGUAUUCGUUAUCAUCAC